GUCCUUAAAUCAAUAAACCUUGAGAGGCUCGAGGCAAAUUCCUUUUUUCAUAUAACCGUAACUGAAAUUGACUAGUUUCUGUAGUAAAAACUGUUAUCCGUUGUUAUUAAAAAAGUGAAGUAGAGACAGUUGGAUUAGUUUUAUCCAUUCAUAUAAGGAAUAAAGACAGCAAACAAAAGGAAAUUAUCCAUUCAAAUUGUUUUAAAUAAAACACAUAGAUUAGGCAUUUAGUGUAUGGCUUCCACUUUCCAUUAUCUAAAAUAUUCCAAAUAUUUAGCAUAGAUUAGUCCUCUAGUGACGAACAUUAAUUAUAACAUAAUCCAUGUUGGUGGAAAAGAAUAAAAAAGCACAACUAUAACUGUAACAAACAAAUAAACUAAAACUGAAACAGAAAUCUAUGUUUUGACUUUUUUUUGGUUCGUAGACGUUCUGAUAUCUUCUCUUCCUGUCUCCUGAUACAAAUCUGUAUAAAAAUGGCGCAACAUAUCCUUAAUCAGCGUCCAGUCUCAAGACGUCCCAUCUCUCGCCUUUGUCGCAAUGGUUUCUUUCUCCUCCCUCUCGUUCUACUUGUUCUCCUCGGUGUAGUCUUACCUUGGUUAGGAUCUCCCUUAUUAUACAAUACCUCCUCUUCUCCUUCUUUUCCUCCCUCACUCUCCUAUUGGCGCGAAUAUUCCUUGACUCAAGCCACCAAAUUUGUCGCUAAGAAUGGGUCGACUGUGAUUGUCUGCACUGUAAGCUAUCCUUUCUUGCCUUUUCUCAACAACUGGUUGAUUAGUGUUUCUAGACAGAAUCAUCAAGAAAAUGUUCUUGUGAUUGCUGAAGAUUACGCUACUUUGUACAAAGUCAACGAGAAAUGGCCUGGUCAUGCCGUUCUCAUCCCUCCAGCAUUGGGUUCUCAAACCGCACAACAUUUCGGUUCCAAGGGUUUCUUUAAGUUUACAUCUCGGAGGCCACAACAUCUCUUGGACAUUUUGGAGCUAGGUUACAAUGUAAUGUACAACGAUGUUGAUAUGGUUUGGCUGCAAGAUCCAUUUCAGUAUUUAGAGGGAAGCCACGACGCAUACUUCAUGGAUGAUUUGACUAAAAUUAAGCCUUUGAAUCACUCCCACGAUUUACCACCUCCAAAUCGAAAAGGAGCCACUUAUAUAUGUAGCUGCAUGAUUUUCUUGCGUCCCACCAGUGGUGCAAAGCUUCUAAUGAAUAAAUGGAUUGAGGAACUUGGUUCCCUAUUUUGGGCUAAACCUAAAGAAGGAAAUGAUCAACCUGCCUUUAACUGGGCACUUAACAAAACAGCUCAUGAGGUAGAUGUUUACUUACUUCCGCAAACAGCUUUCCCAUCAGGGGGAUUGUACUUCACAAACGAGACAUGGGUUAAAGAGACAAAAGGGAAACAUGCCAUAAUCCACAAUAACUACAUUAUCAGUUACGACGAAAAGAUGAAACGUUUCCGCGAUUUUGGUCUAUGGCUCGUCGAGGAUUAUGCUCUUGAGUCACCAUUAGGAAAAUUAUAAUGAACUGGAAAACGCAAAAAUAUUGUUUGUUUUUUCUCUCUUUUUCUUCUUGUUAUCUUGAGAUUAAAACUAAUUUCAUUUUUUUGCAUCAAAUUAAAAGUAAUUUAUAUACUGAUUCUUUUGUGUAUAAUAACUGUCUAAUGAUUCUGUAACA